UGUGUUUUUUAAAUAAAUGGAGCUGAUGGAGAAUUCACCCAAAGAAUGGAGCGAUUCAAGGCGCCAGCUCUGCAGGCCACUCCCACCAAAACCCCGAGCCCGGCCGGCUCCGACCAGAGAUCCUGCUCCAGUUUAGUGUCUGACAUUCAGCAUAAACUCCAGAGCACAACAACACCCAGCAGCAAGCAGGCUUCUCGCAUUCGCCAGGAACGAGAGCUGGAAUUAAACCAGCUGCCCUUCAAUCCAAUCAGGGAGAAUGCCUUGCUGAAGAGAAGCAGCUCUGAUUCCUCGUUGACUCAGCAGGCAGCAAGGACCCCCCCUGGCUCCUCCUUGUUGGCCCCUUCUUUUAAAAGGAGAGUUGUUUGGCCUCCCACACAGUCCUGGGAUGUCCAAGGAGAUGCUGACGUGACAGAUGGCAGUUUUGUUGAAGCGUCUACAUCUGAUGCAGCGAAACCUUCAAAUAUGACAGCAGGUGAGAAGACGCCAUUUGAGCCUGGCAGACCUGCUGCCUCGGCAGCAUUUGGGCUUUUUGGUGAAGCCCAGGAUACAAAUGUUCAUCGUGGUGAGAACGUGGAGAAAGACCACGCCACAUCUUCAGUCAAAGACGAAGAGCAGCGGGUUUCUGAAGAACCAAGUCAGACCGUCCUGGAGCUGGUUUUUAGUGACACUACUUCAUCUGAAUUCACCUCUUUAGACAAACUUGAUAAAGAAGAAGUUUCCAAAUUAACUGAAAAUGAGAGCUCAGAGGUGUUUGAGAAAGAUGAAACUAUGGAGGAUUCUUCGCUUGAGGACGAGCAGAUUGAACCCUCCACAGAUGAAGAGCUAAAGAUGUGGAGAUAUCCUCAAGACCAUUUAUUGGCAGAAGAUCAGACCAAUGAAGACAACACGAAUGACAAAGAACUCGAGUCCUACAAAGUGGGAAAAGGAGAAUUCCAUCCAACAGAUCUGGAUGAACCUGCUGACGUUAAAACGGAAGAACGGAGUUCUCCUGCAGAUGUUUCUGCAAAGAUUUCUGAGUUUUCUGAGAGCCGGGAUGAUGACGAAUUCAAACCAAAGGAGGAAGACUCUUUGAAAGAGGAAUCACAUUUCAGGAUGGAGCGUGAUGAAGAAAGCUGCUCAGGUGUUGCAGGGGAUUUUGCUAUUAAACAAGAGUCAGAAGGAAGCGUUCCUCAUGGAUCUGGGCAGACUGAACGGAACAAGAAAAGCCAGACGUUUGGAGAUGGGACUCAGACAAAGAAAACAGAACUCGACGAUGGAUCUAAACUGAAGGAUCAGACUGAAUCUCCAAAAUAUGAUGGAGUUCAAGCUUUAACCGAAACAUCAGACCCUGAGAAAAGAGCAGAAAAAUCUGUUUGUGGAGAGCAGGGAGUUAAAGAGGAGACUACAGAAAGUGGGGAGGUGGAGGGGAAGGGAGCCUCAAAGAAAGUCACCUUUGUGUUGGAGCCUGAGCUGAUCCAGAGCUCGGAUCUGUCUGAGAGCGACACCUCGAUCCAGUCCGGAGCAGAUUCAAGCCUGUCAGAUUUUGAACUGAGCUCUCACGACGAGACCAACACAGCUGAAAUGAUCGACCAAAUGUUUGAGGAGGUGCUGGAAUAUGCCGGGAGGGUGGAGAAGGAGACGCAUGGAGACGCAGAAGAUUGUGACAGUGGAGCUGAUCCGUGCUCCGAGAGUCGGGUGGAGACAGAGGAGAAAAACGACGAUGUUCAGGCGGCAGAAGAAGAAGACGAGUUGCUGAAUUUCCCUCCAACUGGAAUCCUGUCUCCCCUCAGCAAGUCUGUGGAGGCCGUGGUCACCCCGCUGCGCCUGGGUGCAGAAUCAAAUCCUUCCUCGUUGCUCCUGAGCCCCGAGGAGACCAGCACUCCUACUGAAUCUGCUCCUCUGUACAGUGUUGAUGCGUACCGCACACAAAGACAGAGCAAGCUUCCUGCCAUCCAGAGCGUGACUCCUGCGCUGCAGAGACGAGCUGCAGAGACUUCCAAACCUCAACCGGCUGCAAACACCAAGGAAGAGAUUGCUGCUCUCAAUGAGGAGGCGGGCAAACUGCAGACUGUGAUCAAUCAAACCCUGCAAGCUCUGAGCUGCUGCACUGACGAGGACCACGGGCGAGGCUCGCUGGAGGAGGCUGAAGCGGAGAAGCUGCUGCUGGUUUCCAGUGAGAAACGUUCGGCUCUGCUGGCAGAAGUGGCCCGGCUGAGGCAGGAGAGGAGUUCAGUGUCUGAGGAGGCAGCAAAGGAGGACAGCGACUACAUUUCCCAGCAGCCCUGCAGAGGAACUGUCCACAUCACCAACAUCCAGCUGCCGCUGAAGGUGGAGUUUGUCUGUUCGUCCCAGAGCCGAGCAGGUCGACCGAGUCAUUACUUCUUUGUCCUGAUCCACUCUGGGCCCUACAACAUCGUCGCCACGCCGCUGGCCACCGCUGCCGACGCUCAUAAUGGAGACACCAUCUCCUUCCCCACGUCCGUCACGCUGAAAGAUAUUCGCUCGUCUUUUGAGAUUGACGUUGAGGUCUACAGUCUGUCCUGCAGUUCUGGUACCAUCUCCAACUCCACUACGGAUCGGGCCAACACAAAGUCUAGAGUCACACCAAGGAAACUCCUGAACACAAUCACUAGAUCCAGUAACACUUUGUCAGGCGCCGCUCCCAUCAAUCUCGGUGCUCGCCGCUCCAGCAGCUUCUGUCUGGUGGGCUCCCAUAAGAUCACACUGGCCUCUCUUGGACAAAGCAAAUUCCCUCUGGAUAAGAUGAAAUUUGAAGGCAAAGUCAGGAAGUUGCUGGGAGAUGAAUUUCAGCAAAAGGUUCCCUUCCUGUCUCCUCUAGAGGGCAGUAUCUAUAUGCGGCUGAGGAGCGAGAGUCACUCCAGUAUUCAUCACCAUGGCUUCCUGACUAUGUUUGAGUUGAUCAGUGGAUUUGGAUCGUGGCAUCGCCGCUAUUUCGUCCUGGAGGGAUGUAGCCUGUCGUACUGGAACAGCCCGACGGACCGCGAGAACAAGGCAGCAGAAGGCGUCAUUUCUCUGUCUGGGGCUCCCAGUCGGUGUGUCAGACCCGUCAAGAGGGACUCGUGUGCUCGACCUUUCACCUUUGAACUGGUGAGCAGCAUGUCAAAGCAGGAGGAGAGCAGCCAGGAAAUAAUGUCCAAGUGCUGGUUCUCUGCCGACACCAGAGAGGAGAGGCUGGACUGGAUGGAGAAGCUGAACCAAGCUCUGUUGGACUUUCAAACCUGGAACCAAAGCCAGUCUGGAAGUCAUCCGUCGAGCUCCUGCAGCACUGGAAACCUGAGGGAAAGUAUGCUGUGAUUCUGUCGGUGUGGAUCUGCAGAUCGGUGUGGAUCUGCAGCAGCUCAGGCUGUUCCUACAAACUCAUCUCAUGUUCAGUCACAAGGGAAAGAUCUGUUUUUUUCUUUUUAACCAGAUUCCUAUCAUUUUCUUUUAUUUUGAAACUGGUAAUAUUUUAAUUGAAUCCUUUUUUCCUGUUGAAGAAAGUUUUAAGCUUUUUUUCUUGUAUAUUUUCUGUUCCUUCUUUGGCAUUUGGUCUCUUUCCAUCAGGAGAGUGAAGCACUUUGGGCUCAUUUACUCAAAUUUACAUCUCUAUCCUUUUAUUUUUGAAUUUUUCUUUGAGGUGGAAAGAAAAAUCCAAAUAUAAAGUCUGCUAAACCUGCUCUGACAGAACUUCCAAAACACUACAAAAUGUCAGUUCUUUAGUUCUGCUCACCAGCAAAUGGGAGUUUAUUUGUUGUUUGUUUUGAAGGCAAUGACAGACGACAGUUUUUGAUCUUUUUGUUUAAUUUAAUGACUUUAUGGUUUAAUCGGUUUGUUGUUUACACCCAUGUUUGCUUCUGUCUUUGUCACUUUUUGACUUUCUUGUGAAGUCGGCUGUAGAAACAAAAGUGCAUUAAUUUGAAUGUAUUGAAGGACAGGCUUUCUCACAUUAAUAUAACGUUUAUUCUAAUCUAUCUUUCCAUUAGUGUUGUGAAAGGAUAAAUCAUCUGUUUCAGCUGUCACAUUAGCGCGGAAUAUGAAAACAAAAAUGUUUCGUCUUUUACAAAAGUAAAUGUGUGAAGCUCACUGCUGAGUGAGUUUAUUAUCUGUGCUGCUGGUUCUGCAGGCUCUCUCUAUGCACUUAAUGGAAUUUAUCAAUAAAGCAAAAUUUAAAGGCUGGUCA